GCCUGACGAACGCAGCACAACUUCCUGCUUUUCCUCCCCCUAUGACACACCAGUUUCGUUUUUUCCUCCUCUCUCUCUCUUGAUCCUUUGAUGCCAAAUCCCAUCCCUCGACCGGGCGAGGAGCGCCGUGAGUGGCUGAGAGGACUGAGCGUUCCUUGCAACAGCUGCGACUUGCCUCUAUCCAACACAGGAGUUGGCGGAAUUGAGCUCAGUGCAGAACGACGAAACAGCGGCUUUGUCACGCAUUGCCCCAGCCCCGGACCAGCAGCCCAAACGCAGAUCGACAUAUCGCUACAUUCAUGACCGGACAGGGAUUAAGUGGCGAAGGAGACAAUUUCACAGAAGAGAUUGAACGGAUUUUACGCAGGACUGCCGGGUUUUAGGAGUGCCCCUGGUGACCAUGGAUAAAGCUUUGCAUAUCCUACAGAAACCGACAGACUCAACCGACAAGGCCCUUGGCGGUGGAACGGGAAUAGCUCUGGAUAUGAGUAUAGGGGACCGGGAAUUCACGGAACAAUCUAUUAGACUUAGCAAUAAAAUCCCGUUAGUGAAGCCCUAUUUAAAAAAUAAACACAAACAGAGGAAACUGGACUCAAAAUGCCUCCGUGCGCUCCAGGACCCGAUCCUGACCACAUUACUGAGUACGGAAGCUCUUGUUACGGGAGACGGAGUGUUUGUCCCCAGGAACCCUCCACCAAGGACAGCUGGGAACCUGUGCACUGCUGUGGUGGUCAAACAGGCACGGAUUGGUGGGCCUGUGUGCCGGAAAGAAUCGUCAGCUACCGGUGUAACGGCUAUGAUUACCGGCGACACGGAACUGGCGGACGCCGCCGAGUUGGAGGAGACAGAGGGGGGGGUAACCAAGGUACCGGUAGAUCUCCAGCGUGUGACAGUAGACUCUAACGAGCGCAGAUUCCAGCUCAAACUUCACCCGCGGGCGCGAGAUGUGGCGGCGGCACCCCCCACACCUGAUACCCCUCUAGUAUCCCCUCCAAGCCAGGGGGGAAACACGAUGAUUGACCUAUUUGCUUCUAAAGCCUUGCGGGGGGCAACUUGCCUCACCAUUAAAGACAGUAAGAAAACUCCCAGUCUUCAGGCCGACAAAGGCGAGAUAUUUCAGGAUAAAAGCGAAGAGGCCUCCCUGGAUCUAGUGUUUGAUCUGCUAACCCAGCUCCAGUAUCACACGCACCAAGCCGACUCCGUUUCCAUCUGCGUGGAUUUCCUGCAGGGGUUGUGUGUGUACGGGAGUGACUGCGCUUACCACCAUACUGUGCUGCCCUACCACUGGCAGAUCUGCAGGAGUGAUACUGAAAGCUGGCAAAGCCUUGCGGAUGAUUCACAGGAUCAGUUGGAGAGGCUUUAUUGCAACCCGGACAAUGAACAAGUCAGGCUCAAGUUUCAGGGUCGUGUGUUUUCUUUAGACUUCACUACGAUGCGUGUAUGUGACCUGGAGUUCGACCGUGUCAGACGGUUGACCACUCCCUCCAGCCCUGCCGCCCCGCCCCCAAACACAAACCCCACCCCUAACUGCCACACAGUGUGGAAAUACUACUGCAGAGACAACUUCGGCUGGAGAGAAUACUCUGAGCCGGUAGUGCGUCUGAUAGAGGAGGCUAGUGGUCGUGGUCUGAAGGAGGUCCGUUUCAUCACCCUACAGAACCAGUACAUCCUCAACAUCAGAGAGGGCUUCCAGCAGAACGCCGUGUUCGGCUUCCGACGCCAGAUCAAGAAACGACCCCUCUUCCUGUCCUCCAUGGUCCUCACGCCACAUCUACAGACUCUUGGUGGCCUCUCCUCCUUUUCCCCCUCCUCCACUGUGGAUCUGUCCGUUUCUCUCCCUCUCUCUCCGUCCUCCACCAACACUCCCAGCGUAUUCCCAGAGACCUGGUUACCCAUGACAACCAGCCAGGACUUCCUGCAGGUUCCGGUAUCCUGUGACGACCGGAGCUAUCGGACUGUCUACACCCUCUUCCACAAGACGGUGUCCGAAACCAAGUUCCGCAUCCUUAAGAUCCUCCGCGUUCAGAACCCCUUCCUCUGGGAGAAAUACAAGAGGAAGAAGGAGUACAUGUCUCGUCGUCUCUCGGAGAUGGACAGGAUGCUGAGCGAGCGUCACCUGUUCCAUGGCACCUCCACUGAGGUGGUGGAAGGCAUCUGCAAACACAACUUUGACCCGCGUGUCAGUGGCAAACAUGCCACCAUGUUCGGACAAGGCUCCUACUUCGCCCGCAAGGCCGUCUACUCCCAUAACUUCUCCAAGCGCUCUCCUAAAGGGAUCCACUCCAUGUUCCUGGCCAAAGUCCUCACUGGCAGGUUUACAGUGGGGAACCCCUCCAUGCGUCGGCCGCCCCCACUCAGCCCCCGGGACCCCUCCAGUGACCUGUACGACUCGUGUGUAGACAACUGGGUGGACCCCCAGAUCUAUGUUAUUUUCAACGACGACCAGAGCUACCCCUACUUUAUCAUCCAGUACGAAGAGGUUCCCAGUACUGUGGCUAUCUGAGAACAGACCAGACUAAACCAAACCAGUACUGUGACUAUAUGAGAACAGACCAGACUAAACCAAACCCAGUACUGUGACUAUAUGAGAACAGACCAGACUGAACCAAACCCAGUACUGUGACUAUAUGAGAACAGACCAGACUGAACCAAACCCAGUACUGUGACUAUAUGAUAACAGACCAGACUGAACCAAACCCAGUACUGUGACUAUAUGAGAACAGACCAGACUAAACCAAACCCAGUACUGUGACUAUAUGAGAACAGACCAGACUAAACCAAACCCAGUACUGUGACUAUAUGAGAACAGACCAGACUAAACCAAACCAGUACUGUGGCUAUCUGAGAACAGACCAGACUAAACCAAACCCAGUACUGUGACUAUAUGAGAACAGACCAGACUAAACCAAACCCAGUACUGUGACUAUAUGAGAACAGACCAGACUGAACCAAACCCAGUACUGUAACUAUAUGAGAACAGACCAGACUGAACCAAACCAGUACUGUGACUAUAUGAGAACAGACCAGACUGAACCAAACCCAGUACUGUGACUAUAUGAGAACAGACCAGACUAAACCAAACCCAGUACUGUAACUAUAUGAGAACAGACCAGACUAAACCAAACCCAGUACUGUGACUAUAUGAGAACAGACCAGACUGAACCAAACCCAGUACUGUGACUAUAUGAGAACAGACCAGACUAAACCAAACCCAGUACUGUGACUAUAUGAGAACAGACCAGACUAAACCAAACCCAGUACUGUGACUAUAUGAGAACAGACCAGACUAAACCAAACCCAGUACUGUGACUAUAUGAGAACAGACCAGACUAAACCAAACCCAGUACUGUGACUAUAUGAGAACAGACCAGACUGAACCAAACCCAGUACUGUGACUAUAUGAGAACAGACCAGACUAAACCAAAUCCAGUACUGUGACUAUAUGAGAACAGACCAGACUAAACCAAACCCAGUACUGUGACUAUAUGAGAACAGACCAGACUAAACCAAACCCAGUACUGUGACUAUAUGAGAACAGACCAGACUGAACCAAACCCAGUACUGUGACUAUAUGAGAACAGACCAGACUAAACCAAACCCAGUACUGUAACUAUAUGAGAACAGACCAGACUGAACCAAACCCAGUACUGUGACUAUAUGAGAACAGACCAGACUGAACCAAACCAGUACUGUGACUAUAUGAGAACAGACCAGACUGAACCAAACCCAGUACUGUGACUAUAUGAGAACAGACCAGACUAAACCAAACCCAGUACUGUGACUAUAUGAGAACAGACCAGACUAAACCAAACCCAGUACUGUGACUAUAUGAGAACAGACCAGACUAAACCAAACCCAGUACUGUGACUAUAUGAGAACAGACCAGACUAAACCAAACCCAGUACUGUGACUAUAUGAGAACAGACCAGACUGAACCAAACCCAGUACUGUGACUAUAUGAGAACAGACCAGACUAAACCAAACCCAGUACUGUGACUAUAUGAGAACAGACCAGACUAAACCAAACCCAGUACUGUGACUAUAUGAGAACAGACCAGACUAAACCAAACCAGUACUGUGACUAUAUGAGAACAGACCAGACUAAACCAAACCCAGUACUGUGACUAUAUGAGAACAGACCAGACUAAACCAAACCCAGUACUGUGACUAUAUGAGAACAGACCAGACUGAACCAAACCAGUACUGUGACUAUAUGAGAACAGACCAGACUGAACCAAACCCAGUACUGUGACUAUAUGAGAACAGACCAGACUAAACCAAACCCAGUACUGUGACUAUAUGAGAACAGACCAGACUGAACCAAACCAGUACUGUGACUAUAUGAGAACAGACCAGACUGAACCAAACCCAGUACUGUGACUAUAUGAGAACAGACCAGACUGAACCAAACCAGUACUGUGACUAUAUGAGAACAGACCAGACUGAACCAAACCCAGUACUGUGACUAUAUGAGAACAGACCAGACUAAACCAAACCCAGUACUGUGACUAUAUGAGAACAGACCAGACUGAACCAAACCAGUACUGUGACUAUAUGAGAACAGACCAGACUGAACCAAACCCAGUACUGUGACUAUAUGAGAACAGACCAGACUAAACCAAACCCAGUACUGUGACUAUAUGAGAACAGACCAGACUAAACCAAACCCAGUACUGUGACUAUAUGAGAACAGACCAGACUGAACCAAACCCAGUACUGUGACUAUAUGAGAACAGACCAGACUAAACCAAACCCAGUACUGUGACUAUAUGAGAACAGACCAGACUAAACCAAACCCAGUACUGUGACUAUAUGAGAACAGACCAGACUAAACCAAACCCAGUACUGUGACUAUAUGAGAACAGACCAGACUAAACCAAACCCAGUACUGUGACUAUAUGAGAACAGACCAGACUGAACCAAACCCAGUACUGUGAC